AGGAGGAGAAGAAUAUCAAACGCGUUUGAAGGAGGUAGUUGACAAAGAAGAUAAUGCCGAAGAUGAUGAAUUCCUUGGAUUUAAAAAAGUCCACAUGAGGCACAAUCACCCAGAACAUGAAAUGGGAUACUUUUGCAUAU